CACCUCUCAGUGUGAUUGGGUGCUGCCUUAAAAGCGUCGGUGAGGUUCGUCCUUGUGUAGUUUAACAGGAUGUCGUCCACAGCGCUGCUAACCUCUCAGCUGGGCAGACAGCUGACACACAAGUUUCUGUGCAGGUCUUUGGCCUCUCGUCCAUCUCUAAAUGAAGUUGUCAUUGUCAGUGCAGCUCGAACCCCUGUGGGUUCAUUCAAAGGGAGCCUCUCCUCAGUUCCUGCAACCAAACUGGGCUCGGUCGCCAUCAAAGGAGCGAUCGAUCAAGCAGGAAUUCCUCUGGAGGAGGUGAAGGAAGUGUACAUGGGCAACGUGCUGCAGGCAGGUGAAGGACAAGCUCCGACCCGACAAGCUCUUCUAGGCGCUGGCCUGCCGCUCUCCACUCCAGCUACGACGGUUAACAAAGUGUGUGCCUCUGGCAUGAAGUCCAUCAUGCUGGCAGCCCAGAGUCUGAUGUGUGGUCACCAGGAUGUGAUGGUGGCUGGUGGAAUGGAGAGCAUGUCCCACGUUCCAUACGUGAUGGCCAGAGAGCCGCCCCCGUACGGAGGAGUGAAAAUGGAGGAUCUCAUCGUGAAGGACGGCCUGACAGACGUGUACAACAAAUGCCACAUGGGAAACUGUGCAGAAAACACAGCGAAGAACAGCGGCAUUUCUAGAGAGGAGCAGGAUGCGUAUGCCAUCAACUCCUAUACACGCAGCAGAGCAGCAUGGGAGUCAGGAAUCCUGGCCAAAGAGGUGGUUCCAGUGAGCAUCCCACAGAAAGGCAAGCCAGAUGUUGUGGUGAAGGAGGAUGAAGAAUGGAGAAAGGUUGAUUUUGGCAAGGUGCCCAAACUGAAGGCUGUGUUCCAGAAGGAGAACGGCACAGUGACAGCAGCUAACGCCAGCACGCUGAAUGACGGCGCUGCUGCAGUUGUCCUGAUGACUGCAGAUGCAGCCAAAAGACUCAAUGUUGUUCCUCUUGCAAGAAUUGUUGCUUUUGCUGAUGCUGCUGUUGCCCCCAUUGAUUUCCCCAUCGCUCCGGCAUAUGCGGUCCCCAAGGUACUUGAGGCUGCCGGUGUUAAGAAGGAUGAUAUUGCCAUGUGGGAAAUAAACGAGGCCUUCAGCGUGGUGGUCCUGGCCAAUAUUAAGAUGCUGGACAUCGACCCGAGCAAAGUUAACGUUAACGGAGGAGCGGUGUCCCUCGGGCACCCUAUUGGAAUGUCUGGGGCGAGGAUCGUCGGGCACAUGGUGCACAACCUGAAGUCUGGUCAGUACGGCCUGGCAGGCAUCUGUAAUGGAGGAGGAGGAGCCUCUUCAAUUCUCAUCCAGAAAUACUAGCCUUUUUACCCCCAAUUAAGCUCUCUAUUAGGUCAAAGUGUAGGAGAAUACAUUACAAAUGAACAGAACAGAGUAUUAUCCAGACAGAUAUCAGGAUCUGUGGCCUUAUUUCUGACUUGGUGUGGUUACUGUUAGGAUCACUCCAAAGUACAUCACUCCUCCUCCUCCUCCUCCUCCUCCUCCUCCUCCUCCUCCUUCAGAAAAUUACAGGACUCAUUGGACAUCUUAAACGUCUUGUCAUGGAAAAUUAUUUAUGUUUAUUUAAGAUGAGAUUUAUUCUCAUGGGCUUAACUUCUGUUAAGUUUAGGAUUUCUCAAUGGCAAUUAAAACAAACAAUAGUUCUGGGAAUGCAAUAAGAAAAGGAGAUUGUUUUGAAUAUUUCCUGUAUUUUUAAGAUACUAAGCAUAUAAUAAUGAGAAACGUCUAGAUUAAACAUGUACGUGACAGUUUCCAGCAUCCACUGAAGAGGAGAGCGUUCACCAUGUUCCUGUUUUAUCACUAGAGUGCGCCAUCGCUCUGUGACUUGGUUUCAUUGUUCACUGGUUUCGCUUGUUAGCAGCGAUACAAAUAAAGCAUCACACAGGAAAAGGGAA